UAUAUAUGUUCCUUUCAAUUAUCAUGCAAUCAUCAUUAUUAUACAACACAAAAGAACUGUUUUUUAUUUAAAAAGCACACACAGACAUUACACUAUGUUAGUCAUCAAAAUCCCUUCAGAAUGAACAUAAAAAGUUUAUAUCCAGUUCUUUCAUAUUUUUUCUUCCUAUUUCUCAUUAUAGGUUGUAACGCCGCUGGUGAUUUUUCUGAGAAAGUAAUGAGAGAUAAUAUGGAGCAAUGUGUACAUUCUAGCGGUGUCUCUGCAGAAGAUAUAAAAAAUCUGGAAAAGUUGACUACACCAAAUCAUAAUCAAAACUGUUUCGCAAAAUGUUUGGUAGAAAAAUUGGGAUUUAUAACUCCGAGUGGUGACAUAGAUAUGGACAAAGUAAAAAAAGAAGACGAGCUUCACGAACUAUCCCCAGAAUUAAUGAAAUGUCUUGGAGAAGUAGGGAAGAUACAAGGAUGUGACGAUAUGCUAAAAGUUUUCGAAUGUAAACAAAAAUACAUGUAAGACAGAUUUCAUAUUCUUUACUACUGGGUAUAUUAAUAAGAUAAAUACAGUUUACAUAA